CCGGACCUGGACUAUCUGCACCGGCCCAGUUACUGCGACGCCGCCUUCGCUCUGGAGCAGAUUUCCAAGGGGAAGGCUACUGGCCGGAAAGCGCCGCUGUGGCUGAGAGCGAAGUUUCAGAGACUCUUAUUCAACCUGGGUUGCUACAUUCAAAAAAACUGCGGCAAGUUUUUGGUUGUGGGUCUCCUCAUAUUUGGGGCCUUCGCUGUAGGAUUAAAGGCAGCUAAUCUCGAGACCAACGUGGAGGAGCUGUGGGUGGAAGUUGGUGGACGAGUAAGUCGUGAAUUAAAUUAUACUCGCCAAAAGAUUGGAGAAGAGGCCAUGUUUAAUCCUCAACUCAUGAUCCAGACCCCGAGAGAAGAAGGUGCUGAUGUCCUCACCACAGAAGCGCUCCAGCAACACCUGGACUCCGCGCUCCAGGCCAGCCGAGUCCACGUGUACAUGUAUAACAGACAGUGGAAAUUGGAACAUUUGUGCUAUAAAUCAGGAGAGCUCAUCACAGAAACAGGUUACAUGGAUCAGAUAAUAGAGUACCUUUACCCCUGUUUGAUUAUUACGCCCUUGGACUGCUUCUGGGAAGGGGCAAAGUUACAGGCUGGGACAGCUUAUCUCCUAGGUAAGCCUCCGUUGCGGUGGACCAACUUUGACCCUUUGGAAUUCCUAGAAGAGUUAAAGAAAAUAAAUUACCAAGUGGACAGCUGGGAGGAAAUGCUGAAUAAGGCUGAAGUUGGUCAUGGUUAUAUGGACCGCCCCUGCCUCAAUCCUGCUGAUCCAGACUGCCCUGCCACGGCCCCCAACAAGAAUUCUACCAGACCUCUUGAUGUGGCCCUUGUUUUGAACGGUGGGUGUCAUGGACUCUCCAGAAAGUACAUGCACUGGCAGGAGGAGCUGAUUGUGGGUGGCACCGUCAAGAACAGCUCUGGAAAGCUAGUCAGCGCCCACGCCUUGCAGACUAUGUUUCAGUUAAUGACCCCGAAGCAAAUGUACGAGCACUUCAAGGGGUACGAGUACGUCUCACACAUCAACUGGAAUGAGGACAAAGCUGCGACCAUCCUUGAAGCCUGGCAGAGGACAUACGUGGAGGUGGUCCAUCAGAGCGUCCCUCAAAACUCCUCUCAGAAGGUGCUUUCCUUUAGCACGACCACCCUGGAUGACAUCCUCCAGUCCUUCUCGGACGUCAGCGUCAUCCGGGUGGCCAGCGGCUACUUACUCAUGCUUGCCUAUGCCUGUUUAACCAUGCUGCGCUGGGACUGCUCCAAGUCCCAGGGUGCCGUGGGGCUGGCUGGCGUCCUGUUGGUUGCACUGUCAGUCGCUGCAGGAUUGGGCCUGUGCUCAUUGAUCGGGAUUUCCUUUAACGCUGCAACAACUCAGGUUCUCCCCUUCCUUGCUCUCGGCGUCGGUGUGGAUGAUGUUUUCCUCCUGGCACACGCGUUUAGUGAAACAGGACAAAAUAAAAGAAUCCCUUUUGAGGACAGGACCGGGGAAUGUCUCAAGCGCACAGGAGCCAGUGUGGCCCUCACGUCUAUCAGCAACGUCACAGCUUUCUUUAUGGCCGCCUUGAUUCCCAUCCCUGCUCUGCGGGCCUUCUCCCUCCAGUACGUAAUGAGGAUUCAUCAAGACAAGCUCUCCUUUAAUGAUACCUCUGGAAAAUCCAGCCCAGUAAGUCCUCCCCAGGCAGCCGUAGUGGUGGUGUUCAAUUUUGCCAUGGUUCUUCUCAUCUUCCCUGCAAUUCUCAGCAUGGAUUUGUACCGACGAGAGGACAGGAGACUGGAUAUUUUCUGCUGCUUCACAAGCCCCUGUGUCAGCAGAGUGAUUCAGGUAGAGCCUCAGGCCUACACGGAGACGCCUGACAACGCCCACUACAGCCCCCCCCCACCUUACAGCAGCCACAACUUUGCCCACGAGACACAGAUUACCAUGCAGUCCACAGUCCAGCUCCGCACAGAGUACGACCCCCACACGCACGUGUACUACACCACUGCAGAGCCACGCUCAGAGAUCUCUGUGCAGCCGGUGUCAGUAAGCCAGGACACCCUCAGCUGCCACAGCCCUGAGAGCACCAGCUCCACCAGAGACCUGCUGUCCCAGUUCUCCGACUCCAGCCUCCACUGCCUAGAGCCCUCCUGUACCAAGUGGACACUCUCCUCUUUUGCUGAGAAGCACUACGCGCCUUUCCUCUUGAAACCCAAAGCCAAGGUCAUGGUCAUCUUCCUUUUCUUGGCCUUGCUAGGCGUCAGCCUUUAUGGGACCACCCGCGUGAGAGAUGGGCUGGACCUUACAGACAUUGUGCCCCGGGAAACCAGAGAAUACGACUUCAUUGCUGCACAGUUCAAAUACUUCUCUUUCUACAACAUGUAUAUAGUAACCCAGAAGGCAGACUACCCCAACGUCCAGCACUUACUUUACGACCUUCACAAGAGUUUCAGCACUGUCAAGUACGUCAUGUUGGAAGAAAAUAAACAGCUUCCCAAAAUGUGGCUGCACUACUUCCGAGACUGGCUCCAAGGGCUCCAGGAUGCAUUUGACAGUGACUGGGAGACAGGAAAAAUCAUGCCCAACAAUUACAAAAAUGGAUCAGAUGAUGGAGUCCUUGCAUACAAACUCCUGGUGCAGACUGGCAGCCGUGAUAAACCCAUCGACAUCAGUCAGUUGACUAAACAGCGUCUGGUGGAUGCAGAUGGCAUCAUUAAUCCCAGCGCAUUCUACAUCUACCUGACUGCUUGGGUCAGCAAUGACCCCGUGGCUUAUGCCGCCUCCCAGGCCAACAUCCGGCCCCACCGGCCUGAAUGGGUCCACGACAAAGCUGACUACAUGCCAGAAACCAGGCUGAGAAUCCCGGCAGCAGAACCCAUUGAAUAUGCUCAGUUCCCUUUCUACCUCAACGGCUUGCGGGACACCUCGGACUUUGUGGAAGCGAUUGAGAAAGUCAGAACUAUUUGUAACAACUACACCAGCCUGGGGGUCUCCAGCUACCCCAACGGCUACCCCUUCCUCUUCUGGGAGCAGUACAUCGGACUUCGCCACUGGCUCCUGCUGUCUAUCAGCGUGGUAUUGGCCUGCACCUUUCUCGUGUGUGCCGUCUUCCUCCUGAACCCCUGGACUGCCGGGAUCAUUGUCACGGUCCUGGCUCUGAUGACGAUUGAGCUCUUUGGCAUGAUGGGCCUCAUUGGAAUCAAGCUGAGUGCCGUGCCCGUGGUCAUCUUGAUUGCAUCCGUGGGCAUCGGAGUGGAAUUCACUGUCCACGUUGCUUUGGCCUUUCUCACGGCCAUCGGAGAUAAGAACCGCAGGGCGGUGCUGGCCCUAGAGCACAUGUUUGCACCUGUUCUGGAUGGGGCUGUGUCCACACUGCUUGGAGUCCUCAUGCUUGCAGGGUCUGAAUUUGAUUUCAUUGUCAGGUAUUUUUUUGCAGUCCUGGCAAUCUUAACCAUCCUGGGUGUUCUGAAUGGGUUGGUCCUGCUCCCAGUCCUUUUGUCCUUCUUUGGACCAUAUCCUGAGGUGUCUCCAGCCAAUGGGCUGAACCGGCUGCCCACUCCUUCCCCCGAGCUGCCCCCCAGCAUUGUCAGAUUUGCUGUGCCCCCCAGCCACACAAACAACGGGUCUGAUUCCUCCGACUCAGAGUACAGUUCUCAGACGACAGUGUCCGGCAUCAGUGAGGAGCUUCGGCACUAUGAAGCGCAACAGGGCGCCGGGGGGCCCGGCCACCAAGUGAUUGUGGAAGCCACAGAAAACCCCGUCUUUGCCCGCUCCACUGUGGUCCAUCCUGAUUCCAGACACCAUCCGCCCUUGAACCGGCGCCAGCAGCCCCACCUGGACUCAGGGCCCCUGCCCCCAGGAAGGCCAGGCCAGCUACCCCGAAGGGAGCUCUGUCGAGAAGGGUUGCGACCGCCCCCCUACAGACUGCGCAGGGAUGCUUUCGAAAUGUCUACUGAAGGGGCUUCUGGCCCCAGUAAGAGGGAGCGCACGGGCCCCCGAGCAGCCACUUCUCAGCACCCUCGGAGCCCCGCGUCCGCUGCCCCGGGCAGCUCCGGGCCCGGCUACUGCCAGCCCAUCACCACUGUGACAGCUUCUGCCUCCGUGACUGUGGCCGUGCACCCCCCUCCCGGGCCGGGACCUGGGCAUAGCCGCAACCCUUGGGGGGGGCUCUGCCCGGAAGGGGAGGAGCACCCGGAGAUGGAUGGGCUGUUCGAAGACCCCCAUGUGCCUUUUAAUGUCCGGUGCGAGAGAAGGGAUUCGAAAGUCGAAGUCAUAGAGCUGCAAGAUGUGGAAUGUGAGGCGAGGACCCGGGGAACCAGCUCUAACUGAGGGUGUGUAAAAUCUGAAGCAAAGAGGCCAAAGAUUGGGAAACCCCACCCCCAUUCCCACCCCCUUGCAGAACUGCCUGAAGAGAACUGCCCGGAGUUUGGCAAGGAUGCAUGCUGCCCGCCCAGGAUAGCAGUUCGUUGUUACUGUAACCGAUUGUAUUAUUUUGUUAAAUAUUCCUAUAAGUAUUUAAGAGGUGUAUACAUGUAAUAUAGGAAGGAAGGAACGAUCGAACCAACAACGAGCAGUGUAAAGGAGUCGAGUUGCCUCCCCUCCUGGGCCAGAGUGGAGAGGCUGACGUGGCGUCUCCCUGUUUGUGCCCCAACCAAGCUUAACUUAGUCUGAACUUUCAGCAUAUCGGUGCUGCUGCUUACAUAUUGUAUGUAUAAUUUACCUGUAUAAUUCUAUGCAAAUAUGGCUUAUGUAAUAGGAUUAUUUUGUAAAGGUUUCUGUUUAAACUAUUCUAAAUUUGCAUAUCACAACCCUGUGGUAGUAUGAAAUGUUACUGUUAACUUUCAAACACGCUAUGCGUGAUCAUUUUUGUCGUUUUAUGAGCAGAUAUGAAGAAAGCAUGUUAAUCUCAGUGGCUUCUGUAGGCAUCUUCGUGUGCAGUUUUUCUUUGGCAGUGCAUGUGAGCACGUGUGGUUUUCCCGUGUACUAUACUGUGAUUCCUCACCACCACUACCACCACCACCUGUCUUUUUUUGUUGUUUCUUCUCACAAACCAUAACCCUCACUGGUCUCUAAACUAAUCAGGCUGGAAGAGCCAGCUUCUCGUUCUUGCUCAGUUCUAGUGGAGGGCCAGCCCUGGAUACUGAACAUCAGGUUUAAUGCUUCUGAAAUGGCAGAGGGAGAGCUGGGCUUGCUGCUGGUCCAUUGCAACUCCUAAAGUCAGGGGUGGUCAUCCAGACAGCUCCCCUUGUGCUGCCAGGAGAUGAGUUUCUUCCCAUGGGUCAUGUGAGCGAUGUCAAAACCUCCAGGCAUAAAACUACCAUCUGCCUGUCGUCCUCAGUAGUGAAGAAGUAGAUGACGUGCCUCACAGGAGCUUGACGAGGUCUGGAGCCUGGGCUCUGAAACACACACACACACACACACACACACACACACACACACACACACACGGAAAUCCUUUGGAGCCCAUGGCCUUGCCACAGGUAGGAAAUGGGUUCUGUUGAUUCUGGGCCCAUAAUAAACUCAAGAGAUGGUGUUUGGGGUCCGUAAGAUUGAAACGCCCUCUCUCCCUAAAUGAUGCAGUUGGUUGGGGUUUUCUGGAUGUGUUUGCAUCUUAAACAGAGAGCAAGCCAUAUGCUAAUAUAGCCAGAUGUUGCAAAAGGCGGGCUUAGAGGAGGGCCCUCCUUACCUCAUGAAGAUUGAGAUGCAUCCUUUGCCUUCCUCCCCUUGUCAUUAUGGUUGAUUCCAUGUGGCAUUUAUUAAAGAGCAGCAAGGUGCUAAUUACAUAAACCCUAUUGAAGGACAGAUUCGGAGGCUGCGCAUAAAACUGGGCAUCCAUUUUAAAGACUUGAUUCUGUGUGAGAACGCUUCUCUUGCUCAGGUUUGGUCUUCCUGGCCUGUGGUAGCCAGAGUACAGCAAAUGCGGGGAGAGCACGAUGUGCCCCGCCACCUUCCAGAUCCACACCUGCAGCUCUUUCCAGAUAAGGAAGGGCCAGCACCAGCUCUCCAAUGGUGAAACACUGCGCUACUGUUAAACGAGGAAUCCUCCACUAUCUCCUCACGUUUUAGAUGGAAAAUCUUACCAGAAAGUCAAUGGAUACCCAGUAGGACUAGCAGUGUAGUGACCCUGGGCCCUAAAACUCACCGAUGGAAUUGAGAAUAAUUAGACGUCACCUGCAGCUGCCAGGUGUGUGUGUAUGUCAGGGACCCUGGUCACCCCACUGCUACUUGUGUUGCCUUUCUGCCAGCCACACUCUCUACCUAGCACCCAACCCUGCUCAGAGAAAUGUACUUCCUGAGUAGGGCCAUUAUGCAAAAUUCUACGGUUGGCUUCUCCUUAGUUGUUGGUGUGCCCACACUCCUGUCCUGAGCCCAGCUUGUGUGGCACACACCAUCCCUCCCGCCUUCCCUUAGGACCUUUCCCAUCAUCACACGGGCAAAGGGAGAACCCGAGGUCACAGGCAACUAGAAUUUUCCUUUAAAAAAAUUUUUUUUUAAUUUUGUCUGUCUUGUUUGUUCAUUUGGAUGUUUUAAAUUUUUUUUAAAAACCUUUGCUUAUAUUUAUAAUUUUGUAUCAUAAGAAUGUUUUCCUACAGUAUUUGUCAUGCCAGUUUAUAACAAAAAAUGCAGGGAUAUUAUUUGUAUUGGAAACACUUUCAUCUGUUUUACUUUUGAACAAUAUGUAUUUGUAUAGAGUGCUUACUAAUGUUAAAUAGUUCAGAGUAUAUAACAUCGACAUUAAGAACUCAUGGUAGGAUUUUCACGUAAGUUGUUGAAAGGAAAUAAUUCAAACUGCGUCUCAUUGUCUGCCAAUGUCAACGCAAAUGGGUUUGUGUCAUUUCAAUUACAAAGAUAAAAGUAUGCCAUAUAAUUUAUUUAUAUGAAAAUUUAUUUUUGUAGUGUACAUAGUAGUCAUCAAGUCUUUUGACAGAAGUAUAUUUUUAAAGAAUUUAUAUGUGAUGAAUCCAUAAUGUCUGGAACUUUGCUGAGACAUAAGUGGGGCACACUUUUCAUUGUAAAAUAAAGCAAGAAAAAAAAUGUUUAACAGUGUUCAGAGAGUGAAUGAAUAUUCAAGCAAUUUUGAAACGUGUAUUAGUUACCAUUUGUGACCCAGUGUGGUUCUCCUGGGAAGGCGAAAAUGUACAAACUCUCGAAAUAUUAAUGUUCAAACACUGAUAGAAAUUCUAACAUGAAUAAAAAAUAAUAUAACUUC